AUGGAUUUCUUGAAAGAAUAUCUUCCGCCUGCGAAGGGUUAUUUACCAUAUUAUAUGACGCUGACGUCUAUCCUCGCGGUUGGAAAUGCUGUUCAGAAUUAUAUAACGUUGCACUUCUCGCGACGCCUCUAUAACGGCCAGUUCGUACCGAACCCUUCGUUAUCCCCCAAGUCUGAUACCUUCGAUCCGGAAGACUCGACUCGAAAACUUGUCCCCGCGUCGGCAACGUCCAAUCCCAAAGCCGGGCGUACCCAAGAUCAGGUCACCCCGCUCGCCGCCAGGUUAUUCGGUACUUAUACUAUCGUUUCGGCUAUUGUGCGUCUUUACGCUAGCUACAAUCUGCACCUUGCUCCCGUCUACCAGAUGACUAUUUGGACUUACGUCGUCGCGCUUGUGCACUUCGGCUCCGAAUUCGCUAUCUACAAGACGGCGUACAUGGGGCCGGUCGUGUCGACCUUCUUUUUCGCUACCGUCGGUAUUGUGUGGAUGAUUAGCCAGUACAACUUCUACGUCGAAGCGUAA